AAUUUGACUGUAGCUCCAUGACAGAAGCUGAGAAGCAAAUGCUUGUUUCUGAAGGGAAUUUGCUUCGUGAACUGAAACAUCGAACAUCGUCCGUUACUAUGAUCGAAUAUUGACCGAACCAACACAACACUGUACAUUGUAAUGGAAUAUUGCGAAGGAGGAGACCUAGCUAGUAUAAUUACAAAGGGAACCAAGGAAAGACAAUACUUAGAUGAAGAGUUUGUUCUUCGAGUGAUGACUCAGUUGACUCUGGCCCUAAAGGAAUGUCACAGACGAAGUGAUGGUGGUCAUACUGUGCUCCAUCGGGAUCUGAAACCAGCCAAUGUCUUCCUGGAUGGCAAGCAAAACGUGAAGCUUGGAGACUUUGGGCUGGCUAGAAUAUUAAACCAUGAUACAAGUUUUGCAAAAACAUUUGUUGGCACCCCUUAUUACAUGUCUCCUUUCUUUGUUCCUUUUCCCUCCUGCCCUUAUAUUUAGAUCUGUUCAGCCUUCCCUAAGGCGUUGCCAGGAAGUGGUAUCAGACUCACCUGUUGGACUUGAAAACACUGAGAAGCCUCCUGACGAGUUUGGUACUUGCCUCUGUGCCCUCUGUUGAGAAUAAGAGCGAUGGCAGACUGUUCCUGCGAGUAAGGAAGAAAGACAAC